GCAGACUCAGCUCCUCGGCAGCAGCAGCAGCCUCACUCACUCUGCCUCAUCUUCCUCCUCCUCCUCCUCACACCAUGGACGCAUCUCUCACAUCACCAUCCUCCCGUCGCAACAAUUAAUGCUCAUCGGCUGAUUUAAAGACGCGAGCUGACGAGAGAAAACUCCGAUUUCCUCUGGAGGAUUUUAGUUGUUUUUUCAUCUCCGUGGCCACCGUUGUGUCCAGCUGUGGAGGACAAGAUGAGGCGGCUUUUUGUCAGAGCUGUGCAGCACGGAGCGAUGAACCCCUGGCUGCUUCUGUCUCUCCUCGGAAUCUGUGCAGCAUUCGGACCCAGUACACAGGAAGACGAGGACUACGAAGACGUGCCCAUAAAUAAGACGUGGGUCUUAUCACCGAAGGUCUACGAGAGCGAUGUAACUAUGAUCCUAAACAAACUUCUGCAGGGCUAUGACAACAAACUGCGGCCCGACAUCGGAGUGAGGCCGACAGUGAUUGAAGCAGCUGUGUAUAUCAACAGCAUUGGACCAGUGGACCCCAUCAACAUGGAAUACACCAUUGACAUCUUCUUUGCCCAGACAUGGUAUGACAGCCGACUGAAGUUCAACAGCUCGAUGAAGCUGCUCAUGCUCAACAGUAACAUGGUAGGCAAAAUCUGGAUUCCCGACACAUUCUUCAGGAAUUCCCGCAAAUCAGACGCCCACUGGAUCACCACUCCCAACCGCCUCCUGAGGCUGUGGAGCAAUGGUAGAGUCAUGUACACGCUGAGGUUGACUAUUAAUGCGGAGUGUUACCUUAAGCUGCAUAACUUUCCAAUGGAUGAACAUUCGUGUCCACUGGAGUUUUCAAGCUAUGGUUAUCCCAAAAAUGAGAUCAUGUAUCGGUGGCAGAGACGGGCAGUGGAGGUGGCAGACCAGCGGUACUGGAGGCUUUACCAAUUUGCCUUUGUAGGGAUGAGGAACUCCACUUUUGUGGCUCACACCCAGUCAGGGGAAUAUGUAAUCAUGACGAUCUUUUUCGACCUGAGUCGGAGAAUGGGCUACUUCACCAUCCAGACGUACAUUCCCUGCAGUAUGAUCGUGGUCUUGUCCUGGGUCUCCUUCUGGAUCAACAAGGAUGCCGUCCCAGCCCGCACAUCUCUAGGUAUCACCACAGUGCUCACAAUGACGACUCUAAGCACCAUCUCCAGGAAGUCCCUGCCCAAGGUUUCUUAUGUCACCGCCAUGGACCUGUUCGUCUCUGUCUGCUUCAUCUUCACCUUCGCUGCCCUCAUGGAGUACGGCACUCUGCACUACUUCACCAGCAACAGACAGACUAAGAAGGCUAAAGGCAACAAUAACACACAGAAAUCAUCCAGCAUGGUGAAUCUCCGACCCGGCACGUCCCUGCUGCAGAUGAACAGCAUCGUGCCCUACCACGAGGAGCCUGACUAUGCUUACGAGUGUUUGGAUGGAAAAGACUGCUCCAGCUUCUUCUGCUGCUUCGACGACUGCCGCUCAGGUGCCUGGCGCGAAAACAGGAUGCAUGUGCGGGUUUCCAAGAUUGAUUCUUACGCACGAAUAUUCUUCCCCACUGCUUUUGGCCUUUUCAAUGUGGUUUAUUGGAUAGGUUAUCUGUAUCUAUAAAAACCAGUACCUCAAAAAAAAGUACGACUGGAGUUUAACAUCUGCAAGCAUUUUGCAGUAGCAGUAGCAGUAGCAGUAGUACAAUAGCUGCUCUGGUAGCAUCAGAAAUAAUAGCUACUUAGCAAACAGGAAACUAAAUUCAAAUCUAAAGACAAAUUAUGAAUUGACAUUUCCUUGUUUAUCCCCGCACUAGGUAGGAUGCAUGGCUAAUGGCUGACGUCAGUCACAUUGUUCCUCAAUCUGCCGAACACCAUGUUCCAGAGCAAGACAGGUCAACAGCUACUGGUUAAUAUGCCAUUAUGUACAGUAUGGAUUAGGGGUGUCAUGAUUUUGAUUCUAAAUCUGAAAUCACUUACAAAGACGACAUAGCAUAUUUUACCGGUAGCCUGCCGCUGCACUUUGAGACACUAGUCGGAGAUGACGGAGAAACAACAGAACUGGAAAAUCCUCCGGUUUACCCGAAGUCACCGGUGUGGCAACAUUUUGCCUUCCCCCGUUAGUUAUGUGAACAAUGAACAAGUCGUUGGCAGAAAAACUAGAAUUUUCUGGGCUGCAGAAAUUCCGGUAAAGCAGCAACCAAAGAAACAGUGAACUGUUUGGCGAUUUCAGGAAUAGAAUCAAACUGUGACGUUAAAAUCGAAAGUCAAAUUGAAUCGUGGAUUUGGAGAAUCGUGACACCCCUAGUAUGGUUAUUCAUUACCCCCUAUGGAUAAUCUCUAUUGAUUAUGGUGACCCCUUGACCUUUUCAUCUAGCACCAAGAUAAAUAUUCCUCUUGAUAUGACAAGGCAUCUAAAAAGCUAAAAGGCUGAAUUUCCAUGAAUUCUUUUCUGCCUUUUCUAACCCUGGUUAAACUGGCAAAUGUUGUUUACUGCAUCACGAACUUGCAAAUCAUGGAAUUUAGACCUCAUCAGAUUUGAUAACGAUUUGAAAGGAUUAUGAUACAAUAAAGCUGAUUUGAUACUGGAUUCAGAUUUGUAAAAAAUAAUGCUGUCAAACCCUAAACUUACCCAUAGCAGCUCUGACCCCAGAAAUGUUUGCACAAGUAAAACUCCAGUCUCUACACAGAGGAGAUAUUGCCAUCAAACCUGAAAAAAAAAAUAGCCCAAAUGUUUGUUGACUGGUUGCCACCAUGCUAUUGAUAUUGUUGAGAAGCAGAAAAGAUGUGGUGCAUUGCACUUUGUUGCUAUGAUGUGGAAUUGAGGGUUAUUGGUCUGUCUCUUAAAGGUAUGGUCCCUGAUUUUCUUAGAGUGGCCGGUAACUUUUAUGAUGGAUGAGUUUCAAAAGUUACCUCUUUUUUUUUUCAGAAAUUUGUGGUUUCGGGGGCAUUAUUGGUCACUAUGCCAUAAGCAGGGAGCCUAUCUUUGAAUAUAUGAACAACUCCAUUGUUCAUAGGGUUCUAUUUUUCUAGGCAACACCUCACAGAAUAACGAUUAGUGAGGUCAAACUGGGCCAGCCUCUGCUCAGAAGUUGCUGCAUGGAAUUAAUUGUAACAUCUGUCAACAGUGAAUUGUUAUGAACGAUGAUUUUUUUUUUUUUUUUUUUUUCAAGAAGCCAGAUUUUAUACUCUGAUGAAUCAUACUUUACAAAAAGUGAUGUGAUUUUCAUUGAUGGAUUGUUCAGGCAAAAUAUACUCAUACACUCUCAACAACACUUCAGUUCUGAAUUUAAAACUUCCAUCUCUAAAUUGUAGAUUUCCUUCCUGAACAGGGAUGAGAAUAUGCUAUACAGCUCAUAAAUUACUUGAAUUUCCUUUUAUAUUAUUCCUGUUGCAUGUAAAAGGCUCCCUGUAUGGACAACAAACGGAAACACAAUAAAUUAAUACAUAACUGAAAUACAGAAUAUCAGGAACAUCUUCUUAGAAUUACUCUACAUUUUCAAUAUACUGUGUGAAUGGCAGCCAAUAUCAUAAAGGAACAAUCGACUACAAUAGACUUAAAGCUGAAUUUUUGCUUUCAUUUGUUUUUCUUUUCAGCUACACACAAUACAGUACACAAUUUCUUCAGAAAUGGCAGAGGUUCGUAAAGUCGACAUGUAGUUUGACAUCUAGUUUGAAUUAUCUAGUUUCCUAGAGAUGGAAAUCAUCAGCUUGAAUCAUUUUGUUCAGUUCAAAGAUUCAUAGUCACCUUUCAAAUAAUAAUAUAUAAUAUAUAUAUAUAUAUAUAUACUAAUAAUAGGUCAACUAACACCUUUCUGCAACAGAGUUAAUAGCAUCAUGAUUGUUUCUAUGGUUUACGAUGGCUUUCAGUAAGCUAACCAGGAAGUAAUAUACUGUAUAACACAGCAGAGCAUACAAACAUUACAAAAAAAUAAAUAAAUACAGCCCACAAUUCCCUGAUGGCUUUGUCAAGGAGUUGAGGGUGAAUAAAAAAAUACAUCGAAACAAGAAUGAAAAAAAAUUUAAAAUGAAAUUGACAAAUCGAGAACAGAACUGGAUGAAAUGAACUCCAAGCUGGACUUCAUUAGAGAAUCAACCAAGAAGGAACAACAUCACUGUGGAUUGAAUAGCGGAUGAGAAAGGGGAGACUUGGGAGAUAUUAGAAAAAAAAAGUUAUAGAAAAAAAAAUCUGGAUUUGGAUGGUGGAAGAAUGGAAAUUGAACGUGCCCACAGAGUGGGGGAGUUUCAGGAACAAGGCAGGCCAACCCAGACCUACUGAUAUUUAAGGACAGACAAUCCAUCCUCUGAGCUACAAGAAAGCUGAAACGCUCAAACAUCUACAUUAAUGAGGACUCCUCAGAUUUAGUAAAAAAAAGAAAUUGAGAGCUGCUCGAGAGAGUGGUGACUCUCUUGAGAUAUGAACAAAUUUAUGAUUAAGCCCAGAAGUCAACAUGUAGCUAGUUGAGUGGACACACAUCUCAGUUGGUUAUAGAUUUUUUGCCUUUAGCUUUUUUUUUUUUUCUUUUACUUUGAUUUCAGAAGGUUCAUAAAACAAAAUAACAAACUCAA